GAAGACGUUAAAAAAAAAAAAAAGAAGAAAGAAAGAGAUCGCAGCAGGGGUAAAGGGAGCGGACGGGAAGCGAUUUUUGCCGACUCUGGAUUCGUCCCCGGCGUGCGCAAGAAUGGCGGCCCUUCCCGGCACUGUACCGAGGAUGAUGCGGCCGGCUCCCGGGCAGAACUAUCCCCGCACGGGAUUUCCUCUGGAAGUGUCCACCCCACUUGGCCAAGGCCGGGUCAAUCAGCUUGGUGGGGUCUUCAUCAACGGGCGACCUCUGCCUAACCACAUCCGCCACAAGAUAGUAGAGAUGGCCCACCACGGCAUCCGACCCUGUGUCAUCUCCCGCCAGCUGCGUGUCUCCCACGGCUGUGUCUCCAAGAUUCUCUGCCGCUACCAAGAGACUGGGUCCAUCCGACCUGGGGCCAUUGGCGGCAGCAAGCCCAGACAGGUGGCGACUCCGGAUGUGGAGAAGAAGAUUGAGGAGUACAAGAGGGAAAACCCAGGCAUGUUCAGCUGGGAGAUCCGAGACCGGCUGCUGAAGGAUGGGCACUGUGACCGCAGCACCGUGCCCUCAGGUUUAGUGAGUUCGAUUAGCCGCGUGCUCAGAAUCAAGUUCGGGAAGAAAGAGGAGGAGGACGAAGCGGACAAGAAGGAGGACGACGGCGAGAAGAAAGCCAAGCACAGCAUCGAUGGCAUCCUGGGCGACAAAGGGAACCGUCUGGACGAGGGCUCGGAUGUGGAGUCGGAACCUGACCUCCCUCUGAAGCGUAAGCAGCGCCGCAGUCGGACCACGUUCACGGCUGAGCAGCUGGAGGAGCUAGAGAAGGCCUUCGAGAGGACUCACUACCCGGACAUCUACACACGCGAGGAGCUGGCACAGAGGACCAAGCUGACCGAGGCUCGCGUCCAGGUCUGGUUCAGUAACCGCCGUGCCCGUUGGCGUAAGCAGGCAGGAGCCAACCAGCUGGCAGCGUUCAACCACCUUCUGCCAGGCGGCUUCCCGCCCACCGGCAUGCCCACGCUGCCCCCCUACCAGCUGCCGGACUCCACCUACCCCACCACCACCAUCUCCCAAGAUGGCGGCAGCACCGUGCACCGGCCCCAGCCCCUCCCGCCGUCCACCAUGCACCAGGGCGGGCUGGCUGCGGCCGCGGCAGCCGCGGACACCAGCUCUGCCUACGGAGCCCGCCACAGCUUCUCCAGCUACUCGGACAGCUUCAUGAACCCGGCGGCGCCCUCCAACCACAUGAACCCCGUCAGCAACGGCCUGUCUCCUCAGGUAAUGAGCAUUCUGAGCAACCCCAGCGCGGUGCCGCCGCAGCCGCAGGCCGACUUCUCCAUCUCCCCGCUGCACGGCGGCCUGGACUCCGCCACCUCCAUCUCGGCCAGUUGCAGCCAGCGGGCUGACUCCAUCAAGCCGGGAGACAGCCUGCCCACGUCUCAGUCCUACUGCCCGCCCACCUACAGCACCACCGGCUACAGCGUGGACCCCGUGGCUGGCUACCAGUACGGCCAGUAUGGCCAGACUGCUGUUGAUUAUCUGGCCAAAAACGUGAGCCUCUCCACACAGCGUCGCAUGAAGCUGGGGGAGCACUCGGCUGUGCUGGGACUCCUGCCUGUGGAAACUGGCCAGGCCUACUAGGGUCCCUGGGGCGACUUGCCCCAGCCCAAGUCCCAGCCUAACCCUUCUGAUCCCUGAGCCUCCCCGCCCCAGUCCCUUCAUUGCCCUGGGGUCCUAAGAGCCCGGGAAAGGAGCCCACUCCUUUCUCAUGGCCAGCCCUCUGGAAACGAGCAGCCAGUCUACCAUUCACCUGUGGUUACGGACCUGGAGUGACCCCUUGGAGUCUGCCCCUUCACUCUUGCCCCAGGAGGGUCUCUGGUCAGCCUGCAGUCUUUCCCCAGCAAAAUCCUGUCAUGGUCUCUGUGCCAUCUCAGACACAGAAACCAAAGGUCACCCCAACUAGAGGGCCUUGGGCGCCCAAAGGAGGAUGGUGUCUGGGAUGAGGUCCUGGAGCCCUUUGUACCUAACUCUAGUGGGUCCCCCGGCCAGAGGUGGCGCUCACAGGGCCACUCCGGCUGAAGGUGCUGGGAGCCAGCCCUCCUGGGGGGGGUCUCUGGCUCAGGGCCAGAACCACACCCUGUUCCUCCUCUGGGUGCUGGGACUUCAGCAGAGGGGGAACCCUAGCCCUGGGGUUUUCCCAGGGAAUCAGCCAAGAAUACUGAGGACUUCAGGACCUUCUCCAUGCACCUCUAGUGGGUGGAGGGGUGAAUCUAGCCCAGGCAGGGGGACUCGGAAGACCAGGAUGAGGCUUAGCCAGGGGACGGGGCCGUAUGGGUGGGACUUGUCAGCAAUGGGUCGGCCCAGGCUACCAGGACCCAACGCAGUCAUCCAGAAGCAGCUUUGGGCUCUUAGAGGGAAGUCCAGUUUCAAUCUUGCCCACGCACGUAGGGCCUGGGGAGCCCACAGAACCCUUCAGUUUUCUCAUUCACUGAAUCAGAUGCAGGGGCAGGGGAUCAAGUCCUGAGGACACGUGAGAGAAGAGGUAGGCUCGGAAGGGGGUUUUGUAACUGGGGUCCCUCUGCUUGUAGGCGGCAAACCUUUGGCUCUAUGGCUCUGUGCCUUCAAGUCCACACCCCAUGGAGCUUCGACUUCUCACAAAGCCUCCCUCGGAGACCCAGGCCCAACCCCUGCUUGCCCAACUCUCUAGGAAUGGGGCCUCCAUCUGUCCGGGAGUUCCUUUAAGCUGCUGGCGUUGCAGAGAGCUUCCCUUGGAGCUCUGGAGGAGGGUUCUUGGAUCAUCAGGGACUACUUGCCUCACAGACAAGACCACUGGUUCCCCCUGGCAUUUGUGGGGUGGAAGGCACGUCCCUAUCCCACCCAUAGCAGCAUCUUUCAGUGUGGACACACUCUCAGCCGAAAUGCCUCUGUCUCCUGAUCCAGUGCAGCCAGACGGCCAAUCCUGGAGCCGUCACCAAAGGUUCUGGAGAAGUGGGCAAAGUCGCCUUCCUCGGCCACUCCAGUGCUCUCCCAAGCUCCCUUCUCUUUGCAAGCUGAGACCUUUGGGAAGUGGUUCAAGUCCCUGACUACGGCCUCCCUUAGAACUUUUCACCAUCUUCACCUGUUUAUCACAACUAUAUUCAUCUUCACCAUCGCCAUCAUUAUCAUCUACACUUGGACCGUCUUGAUCAAGUGCUGCUGGGUAAAAGGCGCUUGAGGCAGGAGACAGAGCACAGAACCCACGAAGACCGGACCAAAUUGCUUGUCCCCACCUGGGCACCUGAGGCCACCUCUUUGCUCAACCCAUGCCUCUUGCCCUCAGCUGACAAGACAUUCCCAAAGGAAAGGGCUGCUGCUUUGGAAGUCGACCUGAGUUCCUCCCUACUGGGGAGCUGGGUUGGCAAGAUACUAGGACACUUUCCUGCAUGGAAAUCACCCCUGUGACAAAUGCUCACCUGCUUCUUGUCUUCGGACUCAGUAAUAUCAAGCCUGUCCUGGACUGUGACCAAGGUGGCUUGUAUCUCUCUGGUCUAGAGGAACCUAUUGUUAAUUGGGGACAGACUCUUUGAUAGCAGCGGACACCCAGACAUGUGUGGCCCAUCAAGUUCAGCCAAGGUUUCAAUGGGAGCAUUCACUGCAGGAGACUCUGGGUUCUUCAAACUCUGGACAAGAAGGAAGAGUGUACUGUCUCUUGGUGGCCCAGUCCAUGCUUUUGAAGCUGUCACAGCCAGGAAGCAACUCUUCCUUAAAAUCAACACAAUCUUCAUUCACAUUCCUUGAAUGGUCAAUCUUUCCCCCUGGAGGACUGUAUCAGAAAUGCUCUGAAACUACUUACAUGCUAUGUUACCCAAGAGCAGGGAUCUCAGGCAGGUGACAUGAAAACUAGCCCCACUCCCAGGAGGUAACAUUCCACUGCUAAGACCGGUCCCAAACAUCUGCC